UUAUGGCGCCAGGCUCAGUAGUUGAAUAAACCCAGUAAUGGAUCAUAGGAACACUAAGAUAGUCACAUGGCUAAAGAAUAUAUUUGGUGAUAAACCAAUUCCACAAUAUGAGGUGAACAACAGAACAAUUGAAAUCUUACACCAGUUAGCAGAAUGGAAUGAAGCUCGUGACAAAGAUAUAGCUCUGGUUACAGAUGACCUGAAGCAAAAGUCUGCAGAAGUGAAAGCCGAAGCUAAAUACCUUCAGGAACUUCUAGCCGAUAGCUUGGGUCCAUCAUACUCAAAUUUAUCCCGAAUGAGCAAUAACUAUUUGACCCAACUAAUUGAUAGUUGUGUUGCACUAGAAUUAAAGGAUUCUUCAUUGUCAAGUUACAUUCCUGCUGUCAAUGAGCUGAGCUCUGACCUAUUGGCAAUAGAGGCUAACAAUCAAGAAAUGGAACUUGAACUGACAAACCUGAGAAAAAAACUAACUGAGGCUUUAGUGUUGGAAAAGUCUCUAGAACAGGAUCUUAAGAAAGCAGAGGAAGAAUGUUUGUUUGAGAAAAACAAAGUUGAAGUUCGACUACAAAACAUGAAAAUACUGAAAGGCAAAUCAGAGGACUAUAAAUACAGCAUCCAAACUGCUCAGGAUCAGCUCUCAGCUUCAGGGAUAGAUGAUUCUUUAACACAUCGUUCUCUUGUCUCUCAUUCCAAGAUGCUUGCUGAACUAAAAGCAGAAUCUAUACUUUUGAAGGAGAAACUGAAGUCUUAUCAGGAUUUAGCACCUAACCCAUCUCUUGUUAAAGUGAAGAUCGAAGAAGCAAAGCGAGAACUUAAAGCCACGGAGGCUGAACUUACAAUGAAAGUGAAUAUGAUGGAAUUUAUGCCUCCAGAACCAGCAAGGAGAAGAUUAUGACCAAAUCUUGUGUUUUUCUGGUGCUGAAUGUAAAAAUAUUCCCUAUAUAUUGUUGGUUCAUAACCCAGAGACCAUAAGAGCACUUGCUCUGCCCUAAAGAGAGAGGUUUAGUGAACACUCUCCAUUAAAUAAGAUUAGAAUUGAAGAUGUUGGAAAGUGUCCUCAGGAUAGCUCAAGAUGACAGCCACAGAUGGUUCCUAUUUGUAUAUAGACCAAUGCAGAAAAUCUCACUGAUAUAAUGCAACAAUACUCUUGUGGUAGAGCAAUUAGAUGAUUCGUUUGCCAUUUCACCUUGUUCAUGAUGGCUGUAACCUGUGCGUUUAUAUUUUAUUAUUGCAGAUUAUGUUGUUCUAAAUAAAAUUUUAGAUUCCAACUCCCAAAAACUUUUUUCAACAUUAAAAA